AUCCUUAGUCACAUGCAGCAGCAGCGCCAGCAGAUCCUGCAGCGACAACACCUUCAGCUGCAACAGUUGGAGGCGAACAAUCGCUUCCAGGAGGUCUUUGCCACGGCGACCAUUAUCCAGGCCCAUCCGCAUCCCCAUCCGCAUCCCCGAGAGCCGCCGAAAAAGCCACUUUUAGGACCCUACACCCCGAUCCCAGGCAACACAAGUCAUAACGUUCAGUUGGGUGGCAAUUUGGAAACCGAUCCGGAUCCGGCUCAUCUGCCCCUGCUUUUGGACACCUCGCCGCCGGCCGAAGUGACCGGAAUGGGUCACUUGAAGCGCAAGACACACCGGAGUCACUACAAACACCACAGAGCCCGAACUGGUGGCCAGAAGAAGCUCUCCGUUGCCAAUUCGGUUGCCAAUGCAAUGGGUGGCAGUUCAACGCCGAGCACAACGAGCGGUGGACAAGGAGGAGAUGCAUCGCUGGCGGCCACAGCGGCCACAUUGCCACAUGGCUACAUGGAUACCCCACUGAAUCCGGCGGCAGGAACAAUUGUGCAGCCACCGCAGCUGCAGCUGUACACCUCGAUGCCCAUUCCGCUGAUCCUGAGUCCCAGCGAGGAGAAACGACCAUCGCACCACGCCCACGGACAUGCACAUGGCGAUCGGCGGGGAGGAGCGCAGUCCGGCGGACGACGAAGGACCACGACGGCCUCGGUUUCCGGAUACGAGGCACAGACCUACCUCAAUCCAUUCCUCACCGGCGAGCUGAUCUUCGAGAAGUAAGGGAUUGAUCAAAACGAACGGGUAGGCCACGUUUUUUUUUUUGUAAGGCAAUGUAGAGGGAUGAUACACUAAAGCCAAGAUCGGAAAUGGAGAUAAGCUCACAAGGUAACCCUUCCCAACAAAAAAAAAGAAUGAAAAACAAAAAGGGGGAAGCAUUACCUUCCAUACCUGAUCAUACCUAUAUCAAUGGAGAAAUGUUUAGACGGGCAGCACUACUCACAAUAAUUCAGUUUAGCUCAGUACUGGCGAUAAGCUAUAUAUAUAUUAAACAGUUAGCCAAAGGUAAACACUUCAAUAAAACUUGGUUAAGCUGUUUUAGUGGGUUUUUAAAUCAAAAGCAAGGUUAUACAUUUCAUAAAAAAAUAAUAUACGUUAACAAUUAGAGAAAUUUUAAGAGUUAUGUACCAAAGAAUUGAAUGCAAAAGUUUUAAUCGUUUAAUCUAUAGUGUAAUGUUUUUAAUUAAGCAAACCGAGCGGGUCUGAUGUACAACUAAUUUCAGCUACGGUUAAAAGACUUGACUUACGUCAGUACUGAGCUACAAAUUGGUCAAUAUAUAGAGGUUAAUAAACGUUAUGUACUGCAAAAGGUUAGUUGAAACCAUAGCUAAACGAUAGUCGAUGUACCAAAAAAAAAAAAAAAAAAACACAACCACACAAAAACCACGAAACCACUCAACAACACACUCAAAAGGAACACACGCAUAAUACGGGACCCACUUCAGUAGAAAGUCACUCGAUAUCAGCGAUUACGGAUCACGGAAUCACGGAUCACGAAUCAAGGAUCACGGAUCACGGAUCACAGAUCACACAGGCGGCUCACCUCACCAAGCUCAGCAGCAAACUCACCCCACCUAGGACACUGCUUCCAGGCAGCUAGCGAACGCUGCACCAACUACAAUAAUUAGCCAACCCUAGAGUAACCAGUUUACCAGAUUACCGAUUACCGAUUACCAGUAACCAAUUACCAGUAACCCAUCCACGGAGUAUAUCCCCCGGAACGGGGAAGCGGAUAAAUGUCACUAUAUUUCAGCAUCAGAAACGAAUCACACACUCACUCACUUCAAAAGUCAUCUCAGCGGAGGGAAUUAUGCUAGGAUGUGUCACGUUCAGAUAUCGGUUAUAACCUUAUCUUUAUUUCACUACUACUAUUUCUUGGAUUUUAAAUAUUAUUCCUGUUUUAAUAAGAAAUCUUUACAAAGUCACCUAGCUUCUAAAUUGUUACUUUUUACUACCUGUAAAAAUGAAUUAUCUUAUGAGAAGAAGCCUCUUUACUUUAUCAGUCACUAUUCAAAUGUUUAACAAGAGAUUCGUAAAUCAUGGUGGUCUAUAAACCAUUAGCUGACGCAUUACUUAUAGGCACUUUGCUCCACAAGAUAAAACUAGGCGUGCUAAAGAAUUCAAAAAACGAAUAUUUAGUUAUAUAUAAGGUAUAUAACCGAUGUGUGAAGCGUGACAUUUUGUCGGUCUAUUCACAUACUCAACACUAAAUGCAAACCUAUCAAAAACCAAAUACACUAAGCGAAAAAGCGGGAACGAUAGUAGGAGAAAGAGGAGGGAAAGAGAGAUAUAAAGAAACUGCAUCUGCAUCGAAAGACACGAGAAUUGAAUUCAUCAAUAAUAACAUACGUAUAAACGAUAUGCAUACGAUAUAGAAUUGAAUCUGUAACUGAUGGGCAUAUACCGCAUAUAUAUCUUAUAUACCGCAUAUAUCUUAUAUAUGUAUACCAAGAAAAACAAAGUCAUUUUGGCAAUAAUAAAGCAUAGCAAACAAAAAACAA